CACCUGUGCCAAUGUGCGCUUGAUUGCAUACAUGCUCGGGCAGAGAAGCAGAGGGGCCAUCCCAUCGGAGCCGCUCUCCCCCUGGAGAACCCCACUGUUCUCUGUGGCCUCUUUAAUAUGUAACACGCUCCAUUGACAGGCCUACGAGUGGGUGUUCACAUGGAAGGGCGGCCUGAAAUAUUAAAGGGCCUGAUGACCUGCUGCAGGCUCACAUUGUUUGCCCUUCAUUAGAGAGGAGAGCAGUUUCUGUGGAAGAGCAGAGCAGCAGGGGGAGAUGAAGGGAGGACGUAACCCCCAGCGGGCUGUGCUCGGGAUCCACGGGGACUAGGUAAUAAAGGUUCUCUCUCUACUAUCUGAUCCUAUAAUGUACAUCAGUAGUGCAGCAUUAGUUUGUCAUAGUGGGAAAGAGUAAAGGAAUACUACACUGGACAAGUCCUGGGAAGGUUGCUUUGAAAACAGAAGCCAUGGCAGGACUCCAGAGAACUACCAAGGACCUUCAGGGGGUUUGGAGGACAAACUAGAAGGAUGGACGGGGAGGAAGCCCCAGUUCCUGAUGCCCCAGACUUUCCUGCCCCAGAGGACCCAGCAGAGGCCCCUGACCUAGGGGCCCCAGAAGAUCCCCCAGUAGAGGGUGGUGUGGAGGCCGGAGGAGUUCAGCCAUCCAGAGACAGCCGUAAACUGGACUGUAUCAUCUGCUACUGUGCCUUCAACCUGACUGAGAGGCUGCCACGCAAGCUCUACUGCAGCCACACCUUCUGCCAGGCCUGCCUGAGACGCCUCGACACCAUCCUCAAUGAACAGCAGAUGUGGAUCCCCUGUCCACAGUGUCGGCAGAACACCCCCCUCCCACGCGGGGGCGCUACAGCCCUGGACCUGGACCUAGUAGCCUUCAUGGGGGUCAAGGCAGAGAUGGAAAACCAGAGGUCUUGCUCACGGCAGGAAAGAAGAGAGCUUGGCACCCAGCUGGAGCACAAGCCCUCUUUUGGGAAGCAGUCCAUCAUAGAGCAGCCUGAGGCCACCUGGAACCAUGGUGGAUUGGCUGAGCCCCGCUUCCAUAGGAGCCCCUGCUGUAGGUGCUCCUUCUGCUGCUGGUGGUGCUGCUAGGUUGCUCAGGCAUGUAUGAAUGACAGGAGUUGGUUAAAGCAUCUGGCCAAGAAUUCCCAUUACAGUACCUCCUGCAGCUGAUUAUAGAGACACCUGGGCUUCCAAGGCUACAAAGUGGAAAAUACCUAACGCCUGUCUGCCUUGACCUGACCAGGACAGACACCAGGCCCUAGUUGUGUGUGUGAUUACACUACUGAGAAAAACAGUGGUCAGGAGACUAAGUUGUGCAGGGGACAACAUCGAGUCUAUCGUUUUACAAAGAUACUUUGAUUUGAAGACUCAUAGAAAAAUGUUUCAGCGCUCAAAAAGGGAUGCUUGAUAAGGACCUCAGUUUUGACCUUGCCUACAACCCCCAAAAAUCCUCUGCUGCCUCUUUUCAAAUAGGCAACAGGACAUAUGGGCUAUUGGUACCUUGUGGGACAGUCAACUGUUUAAUCAUUAUAUGCACACCUUGUUGAGUUAUAGUACCAUUUGUAAGUGUGUUUAAUGAAUAUAUAUAACUAUUUUGUAAUGUGCAAGUGUAAAAUAAUGAAAGAUAUUAUGGAGUUUGUUUUUAUUUCAAAAACAAAAAAAAGCAAUUGGAUCAACUUCUGACCCCAAAUGACUCGUUUAAAAUCACCUAAAACAAUGUUAUUAACAGACAAAAAUAUCUAGGAGAAAGGACAAAGUAUACCCACAGCUUCAAAGUUGUAGACAUUAAUAGCCUCAAAUGUUGUUCAAUAAUAAAUCAAAAAAUCUACUAAGUGUCAAUAAGACAAAUUCCGAAUAUUUAGGAUGUUCAGAUUAAUCGCAUCAAUCGAGAAGUUAACAUUUUGCAGAUCUUGGUUCCACAUUCUUCUACUUCAAUGGAAUGACAGUCAGGUAUUGCCGUAGAAAUAGAAUGUAACAGAAUGUCAUUCUAUUUCUACGGGUUGUCCUCCCUCCCCUCCUCAUUCUGACAUCCAGAGCUUGAAGGUGCGGUCGUAGGAGCAGGUGGCGAUGAGCUGUCCGUCAGGGGACAUGUCCACGCCCAUCACCUUUCCCUCGUGGCCCGCCAGCGUCUUCAGGGGGGACCAGCCCGGGUGGGUCCACACCUUGGCUGUGUUGUCGUAGGCCCCAGUCAGGAGGAAGUGACCGUUAUUGGCUAAGAGAGGGAGAUUGAUGGAGGGAAAUGUAAGCACAGAAAUAUUGCAACAAACCGUUUAUUUUUAUAAAUCCAGUUAGACUUUUUUGUAAAGGUUCAAAACAGUGGUAUUACUAGUCCAAAAUUAUGUUCACAAACACAACAUCAGUUCUUAAGUGUCUCAGAGCCGGUUGUUGCAUUCGUCUUAUUUUCCAUUUAGGAGGUUAUAACCAGUUAUAACAGCACAGAACAAGCUGCUAAACCUUCUCAGUCCUCCAAAAGUGUAUAAGAUAGACUGAGCUGAUUACAGGGAUUAACCCCCCCCAAAAAAAAUCCCAUGACAAACUAAAGUCCAUUUCAAAAGUUUUUGGCUUGAGGACCACAUUUAGGAUUUCACAAUUCAACAUAGGGCAGCACAGAUGUUUUCAUGUCCGAUUUAUUGGACAAAAUUGGAUUUGCGGGCAAGAAAAACGGCAGCUAUUUGAAAAUAUUUAGGUCCAUUCUCAUUUCCUCAUACUUUCUAACCAGUUGUAGGCGUUUUAAACCUGACGGGUCAUCCACACGGCAGAAAUCUGUCACAGUGACUGACAACCGUGAACCCUGUGAUUACUCAAUUGCUCGAUUAAAUAUUAAAAAGGAGGUCUCUGGGGCCUGGAGAAACUCACGCUGGAAUUUGACAGAGGACACCAGGUUCUGAUGGGAGGGGAUGGUGUAGAUGCACUUCCUGCGACGCAGGUCCCACACCUUACAGGUAUUAUCCCCACUUCCUGUUGCUGCGUGGUAGCUAAACGGAGAAGAUGGUUUCAUUAGUGGACC